AACAACCGACGUUUGACGUCAUGCACGUCAAAGAAACUCCGUUGAUGAUAACAACAAGCUCACUUGGAGACUACCGUCCUUACAAUGGAGGUGAUGGCGCAAGUCGCCUGGACAAAGCGUUAUUUAUGAUGAAUAAUUGCGUCCAGCUGUUGGAAAAAGCUGAGAAUUUGAAGAAAGAGUUGACACAUACAAGAAGAAAUGGGUUGAAUGGUGACGGGGAAUCAACUUCUAACCGAGCUGCAUUACAGGAUUUAUACCGACAACUACUUAUAACUAAUUUGGAAUAUGCUCUGGAUAAAAAGAUUGAACAGGAAUUAUGGAACAUUGUGUUCAAAAAUCACAUCACAGCACUUCAGCAACAGACAAAAGACAAAGCAAAUCCUAAAAGAACAGAAAUUCAGAACCAGUUAACAGUUUUUCUUGAUGCAUCUAGUGGUUUUUAUGCCUUAUUACUUCAAGAUCUUUGUCAUGUUUUCAAAAUCAAUUUACCAUGUAGGGUUCGAGCAUCAAAAUUGUCACUUUUGAGAGAUUCAGACAAUAUAAAGCGCAGUUCAAUUACUCAACCAGAGAGACCUUCAUGUCAAUACAUGUGCCAACAUUGUCUGGUUCAUUUGGGAGAUAUCGCACGAUACAGGAACCAAAAUGGACAGGCAGAGUCAUAUUAUCGACAUGCAGCCCAAUUGGUUCCUAGCAAUGGGCAACCAUACAAUCAACUUGCCAUACUUGCGGCAGCUGGAGGUGAUAUAUUGAGCACUGCUUUUUAUUAUUGUCGAAGUCUUGCUGUGAAAUGCCCUUUUCCUGGAUCCGAAACUAACUUGAAACGUCAGCUUAGCAAAAUUAUUGAUGGUGAAGAACCUCGACAUCAAAAAAUUUCCACCAGUGAAUUAGUCAAGUUUUACCUCAAAUUUCAUGCUUGUAUAUACUUAAGAAAAUAUGACACAAAACUUGAAGGCAUGGUGAAGAGAUUACUUGGAUAUAUGAGGGCACAUCUGCGAACUGGAUCCUUGUCGAGAAAACAACUUGUUCACAUGGCUUUUCUUAACCUAUUUUCUUUGAAUCACCUCUUGCCAGCAAAUAACCUUUCAGAGUCUGGUGGAAAACUAGAGGGUAAUGCAGCACAAGAGAAUGGUAUGGCUGAUGAUGAUGAUAGCGGAGCUCCUUGGAAUAUUCUUGUAUCCUUCACUGUGCGAAUGCUUGGUGCUCUACUGUCUUGUGUUCCUGCUUAUAGUGAUGACAGUGAAGAUUUGGAACAUCCUGCAUUACCAGCUACUAAACUUGUUCUUGACUGGUUGUGUGAUAAUAUAUCAGUGUUACAAAAUACAGAAGCAACUCUGUAUGGAAGUGUCUGGCAAAGAUUUGCGAAAGUACUGAAUGCACUUGGAAAUCAAGAUAAAGCCAAUAAUAUGGACAAUCGACCAUUACCUGAGGAUCUUGAGGUGCGAGGUUUUGUUGGACUCCGACAAUCGCUCUCGAAAUUAGAUUUUAUCGGUGGUUAUGAAAGUGUUGUAGCAGAAGAAAUACAACAUCCUUGUCGCUGUUUCAGGUUGUAUCAACUUGGUUUGACAAUAUCUAGAUCUUCAGAGUCAUUGCUUGAAACAUCAGAAGAAAGUGAUGGAACUGUUUUUUCAUGUUCGUUAUCAGAUGAUAAUCCUUCAGAAACGGAAGAUGAGGAAUUAUUAGCGGCACUUGAAAAAUCUGAAAGUAUUCAGCCAACCAAGAUGUCAGACUCAAACAAACCACCCAGAUUACAAAAAGAUAACGAUUCUGGCACAACAUCGAUACUAAGUUCUGGUGAUCGGUCAUCUGGCAACAAGAAACUUAAUGGUGAAGCAAAGAAAGACAGACCAAGAUCAGUUAUUAAAGUCGCUGCUGAUAAUACGGUGGACUCAAAAUUAAAGUCUAUACAAGAAGAGGAUUCAUACCAUCAUGAUGACAAUGCAAGAAGUAGCACAGCAUCAUCAGUAGAUAGUACAUGCUCAUCACCUGGAAAUCAUGAUCCUCCAACCCAUCACCAGAAAUCGACACACCAUGUGACCUUUGCUCCCAUGCCGACCCGUCAUUCCGCAUCGCCUGAUCACGUUAGUAGCUACAAACGUCGUUCACCAAGCCCUGAUUUAUCUUCUCAAAGGAACAUGCCGUCCCCGGAUAGUGAAUAUGGGCCCGUCGCUGUACAGUACUCUACAGAUCCACGUUCCCACCAUCAAGUCCAAAGUGUGGUUUCACAUGGUCCAAUUCACCCACUCCAGGCAGGACCAGUCCCUAUUGGAGUAUAUCAGCAUAAUUACCCCUAUCCCGGUCGAGUCGUACAAGCCCCACCUCAUGUUCAAUACCCCGUUCAUGGCAUAACUCAACACAUCCCAGCACCAGGUGUCGCUGUCAGAACUGCACAGCUACACAGUGGACCCAACCCCCCACCGAACCCAGCUGAGUUACCGAAACCGCUCUUCCCUCCUCAGAGAAUGUCAUUCCCGCCGGAGUCUGCUUUUGCUCCUCACUCAAUUUCUGACGCACAGUCUCCAAACCUCAUCAUGUCUGGUAAUGUUGAAGAUCCAAUGAGCAUGUAUCAGUCUCGUACUAAUGAAGGUAGCUCAUCCAGCUUGGCACGUUUAGCCCAAUUACAACAACAACAAAUGGCACAUUUGGCAAAUCCAGCUACAGUAUUGAGAAUGCAACAGUCGAGACCAACAAAUCUCGGACUUGCAGCAAGGUUUCAAAACCAGCCGGGAAUACGUUUUCCACCCAAUGUACAGCAGAUGAAAGCCAAUCAGCAGAUCGAUGCAGGAAGAGUGAAAGAUUCUAAUCUUGAAGCUUUUUUGAAUCAUCAAAGAAAAGCUGCAUUACAACAACAACAGCAAAAAGCAGCUGCAAUGAAUCAAUAUGGAUUUCCUGAUGCUGCUCAGACAACAGCAGAAGCUAACUUUGCAGCUAUGGUUCAACAGCAAGGCAUGAAUCUCAACCGAAACCAAUAUUCUGGUCAGGAUUUAUCGAUGGCGUACCAGUACGGUCAAGCACCGCGAAAUAUUUUUGCUCUGAAUAUGGUUGGCCAGCCGCGAGGAUCUUCGCCUGUGGGAAGUAACAAUACGUCUUGCACUUCGUCGCCUACUCCUGGUGUGAUUACAUCCAACACAUCUCCGCAGGCAGGGAGUUUACCAACUCAGCGAGCUCCCACUGUUACUAGAUUUCAGAAUCAAGCUGAUGCCUACGAGGCUCGGGCUGGUACUGGAGCGAGUGUACUGUUGUCACAAAUGAUGGCACAAAAGCAGGGACAACAGCCAUACAUGAAAUCACCAACACAGCCGAAACCAUCUACUUUGUUUGCUAAAGAAAGAGAUUCUGAUAUAGGCCUAUUUCAUACAACAUCUGAUCCUGCCUCUGUUCCACCAGGCAGGACUGGUCCUAUCUUACCUUCUGAUAUUUUUGGAAUUUCUCCAAGCACAGGAGGCAUGUCUGGAUUUUCUGUUGGAUCAAUUGGUCAAUCUCCUGCAAAUUCAUCACCUAGUGAUUCGUUCCCACCUUAUCCUUUGUCUCAAGAAAGACAACAGAUCUUUGAUGAAAGUCUUGAUAUGUUGGAAGGAAGACCAUCAACAAGCGUAGGUCACAGUACAUCAAUAUCUCAUCAGCGGCCUAACGAUAAUCUGUCCAAAGCAACAACAGGUGGUCAGUCUGAACGAAGAAGACAGUUUCCCGGACUUUUUUCUAAAGAGGACGAUGAACCUUACAAGCUCUUUCCUGAUACUGAUUCGUCAUGGAGUUUAGGAAGAGACAAUAGAAAUGAUAACAGUUUGGGGUUAUCAAAUCUUGGAAGCAUUGGAAGCGAGCGUGCAAUGGCACAACAAAGUCAUUUACCCGCUCCGAUGGGUCGUCUGUUAUGGGGUGAAAAUCUAACCCCAUCGCAAGGUGUUGGGCAACAACAGCCCCAGAGAAUGCAACAACCAGGUAUCAGAGGAGAUAGCAGGUUUGGAUCAAGAGAUUAUCCGCCCUUCUGGUCCGGCCCUAUGAUGCCUUCAGGACCAUCAGCCUUGGAGCAAUUGAUCCGGCAACAGCAACAACAUGCCGGACAUGACAAGACCCCGCCUUGAAGAGACAGAGUGGUCUACCUUCCCUUGCACUCUUUUUGAGAGUGAAGUUGCUGGGAAGGUUUGAAAAAUCAAAUCAAUAUGUAAUCUUCUGCUUGCAAAGUGUGAAAAUCUCUCUCUAUGAAGAGACGUGUGUGUCAUCCAACAACAACAAUGAUAUAGUAAACAAAUUUGUUGUUUGUUGCUUGCUUUCUAAAAAAAAAACUAAAUCUUUAUGUGUGCGGUAGAAAAAAUAAUAUAAAAAAAACAGACAAUCUAUGAAAAGACCCAAGACAGCGUCAAAUUCGUACGGUGAGACGCAGUGUAGGCACCUUGUUCGUUAUGCUGGUGUACGGUGUACAUUGUAUAGUACAUAACAAAGCACGCUUGCUCACUCGCCGUUGUACCAAACGAUUGUACUGUAUAGUUUAUAUUACUUUGCUUUUUGCUACCCAUAGUAUUAAAAAUGCAUACGACUGAUUAUUACCAUUGCAACAUUGAAGAUUCUGAACAUCUUGCUCGAGUUUUUCAACAUUUGAACUGUAUAAAUAAAUAAGUUUAGACUUUCAACUGAUUUCUUUGCAGAAUUUACUUGUGAAUGGUUGUGGAGUGUACAUACUAUUGUCUCUAAUUUCGAUUCAAGAAGCAGUUAUGCUCCAAGAUAAAUUUGCUUUCAAAAGUAUGAUUCGGUGACUAAUUCUCUCUCUUGGCUUUUAUUUCAGAUAAUUAGGCCUGCUUAGUUUUAGUUACUAUUUGGCUAUAAAAUAAUUGUUGGUUAUGUUUUUUUUGAGUGUAAACCAUAUCUGUCUUUCCCCGAAAUACCCAAAAACUAAGUGAAGAAAUAUGAGCUUUAGGAUUUGUUUGUGAAACAUUUUCUCUUACUUUUGUUCAAUUGCCACUUGUAGUUGGUUGAUUUGCGUGUAUUAGCAUUUUAUGAUUUGAAAUUAAAAAAUAUAUACUUCUUGUUUUUGGCUGUUUCCAAAAGUUUUAUAAGGUAGUGGAGUAGUGUUUUCUAAAACUUGCUAGUUUCGGUUGCGUUCUUGUAGCGAAUGUUUGUUGAUCUCGCAUGGGACAAGGGUAAAAUGACGCUAUUCUUUGUUGUUUAUCCCUGUAUCAUGCUUGAUUAACUUGAGGGGAUUCCUUAAUUUUUUAUCCAAUAAACUUGUAUUUCAACACUAUCGGUACAAUUUUUAGUUCGUUAGCGAAGAAGUAGUAUGGCGUCGGUCACACUUUUUCCUAUGAUAUACAUGUAAGCUACAGACAUUUUACAAAGUACCGUGGUUGAUUCAUUCUUUCCUUCCACAAAUUUUAAUGUUAUUUUCCAAAAGUAUGAAAUAAAAUUCAAACAUUGAGUGUUA